GCGGCCGCGGGCAGAAGCACGUCUUUCUCCCCCGCGGGGGUGGGGUGGGGGUGCCCGCACUUCCUGCGGCUCUGAUUGGACGUUGGCGCCCAGGCGUGGGCGGGACUUCCCCUCCAGGCCGAGUCCUGCUUCCGGUGGCGGCGGCCGCGGCCGGAGCGCCGCCAUGAGCCUGCAGUGGACGGCUGUCGCCACCUUCCUCUACGCUGAAGUCUUCCUCGUCCUCCUGCUCUGCGUCCCCUUCGUCUCGGCCGCCAGAUGGCAGAAGAUCUUCAAGUCACGCCUGGUAGGCCUGGCUGUGGCCUACGGCAACACCGUCUUUGUCGUCCUCAUCAUCAUUCUCAUCCUCCUGCUCUUAGACGCCGCGCGGGAAACCCGUAAGUACAGCGUGACAGAGCUGGCAGCCCUGCAGAGCAGCCCUGGCGCCCUCGAGCACUUCCACAUGAAGCUUUUCCGGGCUCAGCGCAACCUCUACUUGGCUGGCUUUGCCCUUCUGCUCUCCUUCCUCCUGCGCCGCCUGGUCACCCUCAUCUCGCAGCAGGCCGUUCUGGGUGCCUCCAGUGAGGCUUUCCGUAAACAGGCGGAGGGCGCUAGCCAAGCUGCCCGGCGCUACAUGGAAGACAAUGAUGCCUUGCGGAAGCAGCUGCAGGAGGCAGGGGGUGAUGGGGGCAGCACCUCCCCCUCCCACGACGAGAACGAGACGCUCAAGGCCAAGGUGGAGAAGCUGAAGGAGGAGCUGGCAGCCAGCAAACGCACUCUGGAGAAGGCAGAGAACGAGGUGCAGGCCAUGCGGCGCCAGGCCGAGGGGCUGACGCGGGAGUAUGACCGGCUGCUGGACCAGCACGCCCGCCUGCAGGCUGCCCACGAUGGCCCCCGGGACAAGAAGGAGGAGUGACGGACCAGGCCACACCCACUGGACCAUGCCCCUGCCGCCCCACCCCCACCCCCCCCACAUAUUCGGGCACCCCCUGUGCUGCUGGGGGGGGCGGCAGCAGGGAUCAGAGCCCAGCUUUGGUCUCAGUUGGGUUUUUUGGGGCUCAAAUUGCUUUUGGGGCAAUGGCCCUCCCCCCCCUCACCAACCAGCUUUUGCUUCAAUAAACAAGUGGGAUCAGG